UUGUUGGGGUAUGGUUCAUGUUGGUUCGUGUUUAGGAGUAAAAACACAGCUGGUCUGCGAUCUUCAAUGACGAUUCAUCGUUUUCCCAUGUGAUUAUAGUGGAAGGUAAAUUUCUUCAUGAAAUUCGUCCACCAGAAAUCGUGAAAAAUUGGGAAAAAUGCUCGGUCCAGCUUCAAUCUCCACAUUUUUGUAAUUCCGGUUUGAUGGAAAAAAUAGUACUUACUGCAAUUGAUUACAUGAUUGUUCUCCGGACAAAGGAGUUUGUGUCGCCUGUGCUGAAAAUUGUAUCGUUCUGAUUGCUGGAGGGUAAAAAUAAUAAGAAAAAAAAAUGGCAUCAACGAGUAAUGAGAAGCGAAGGGGCUCAUCGUCGAGUAUGUUUGGCCACAAACGAACAGAGUCUGGAGGUUUGAGCAGCCACAAACGGCCAGAGUUGGGCCAUCGUCGGGCUGAGAGUAUAUCGAGUGCCUUUGGCCACAAACGGCCAGAGAGCUCUCACAAACGUAACGCCAGUGGUAGCUUCUUCGGGCACAGAAGGUGUGAAUCAGCAAGCAACUAUUAUCCAGUUCACCGGAGGAAUGAGAGUAUGUAUGCAAUGACGGGACUGUACGCUGAGAGUACAGGUACUAGUUCAGUUGGUCUGGAGCUUCCUCCCAACGAGGCAAAGCUCAGCCACGACACCGUCAUCAGAUGUCACAGCAGAAAUCCAAGCUCGGGUCUUGUUGAUCAUCGUGAUUUCAUCAUCAAGUGUCACAGCAGAAAUCCAAGUGCUUCCCUGGUGCUUCCAUCGGAUAAAGCCGAUAAAGAGCGAGCCCACACACCCCCAAUGAAUUUGGAGUACAAGGAUUGUGGCAUAUUGAGCUGCAGGCCAUCCUUUAUCCAGAGAUUUGCUGGAAUAAAGGUUUUUGUCUUUCUUCUGUCGUUUCUGGUUACUGUCCAGCAGGCACUCAGCUCUGGCUAUAUCAAUUCUGUGAUAACGACCAUUGAAAAGAGGUUUGAGAUACCCUCGAGCUUGUCAGGGCUCAUAGCGAGCUCCUACGAGAUUGGCAACGUCACCACUGUCAUAUUUGUCAGUUAUUUGGGCAGUCGACGACACAUACCAGUGUGGAUUGCCAUUGGAGCUGCGAUAAUGGGUUUGGGUUCCAUGAUAUUUAUGAUUCCUCAUUUUACUGCUGAGCAGAAUCUCACAACGACGUUGAACAACUCGAGCUCUGACAAUAUCUGUCGUGGGGUGUCCCUGAGGGAGCAGGAUAUGGGUCUUGGACGAUUGUCAUCGGGGCUGUCCUCUCCUCCAUUGGCACCGCACAAUAAUUUACGAGGAGAUAACUGCAUUCAGGGCUCUCCAUCGACUGCUGGACCUGUGAUGCUCUUCGUACUGGCACAGCUACUUCUCGGCUGUGGAGGCUCACCUCUCUUCACCCUGGGCACCACCUACAUCGACGAUCAUGUCAGGCCUGAGAGUGCAUCCUUGUACAUUGGCUGUAUGUACAGCAUGGCUGCCUUUGGACCUGUCCUAGGUUUUCUUCUUGGAGCUUAUCUACUCUCUUUUCACAUGGACUCACUCUCCUCCACCAUCAUCAGCAUUGAUCCUGGUGAUCACAGGUGGGUUGGCAUGUGGUGGGGUGGAUUUUUACUGUGUGGUCUGCUGCUGGUUCUUGUGGCUAUCCCAUUCUUCAGCUUUCCUAAGACCCUUCAGAGGGAGAAGGAGAAGAUCAAAAUAGUGGAGAAGGGAAAGAGCAGUGGCAAGGAGAAGAAGGAGAAUCUUCAAAAUGACAGUGGAUAUGGCAAGGACGUGAAGGAUAUACCACGAAGCAUGUGGAGACUAGUGUGCAAUCCUGUGUACGUCAUAACAUGUCUAGGUGCCUGCAUGGAGCUAGUUAUCGUAUCUGGUUUCGUCGUGUUCUUACCGAAAUACCUUGAAACCCAGUUUAGUUUGGGUAAGAGUCAAGCAAGCAUAUUCACGGGAUCAAUUGCAAUGCCUGGUGCUUGUAUUGGUAUAUUUUUUGGUGGAUGUCUAUUGAAGCGACUGGAGUUGAGGCCAAAGGGGGCCGUUCAGUUCGUUCUCGUUUCGAACAUCGUCUGUCUGACGUGUUAUGGAUUGCUAUUCUUUCUCGGUUGUGACAAUGUCAGAAUGGCCGGCACCACAAUACCCUAUUUUAACAGCACCAGCAGUAGCAGCAGCACCAGCAGUAGCAGCAUAAAAACACCCGAGCCCUUUCAGGUGAAUCUCACUGCGUCGUGCAACUUCGGAUGCGAGUGCAGGAUGAAUGACGUAGAGCCUGUCUGUGGCAACAAUGGACUCACAUAUUUCAGCCCCUGUCAUGCCGGUUGCACUGCCUUCAGCUCAAAAUCCAAUUUCACCAAUUGUGCAUGCAUUCAUGGUAAUUUGACAAUGUUACCUUCAUCAACAAGUGAAUUUGCUGAAGUGACAGCCAUACCAGUGGCAACAGCUGGUCCUUGUACCUCACCAUGCAAAACAAUCUUCCCCUUUCUCAUUCUCCUCUUCUUCAUGACGUUCGUCGUUGCUGUUACCCAAAUGCCAUUGCUCAUGAUAGUUCUUCGGUCAGUGUCAGAAGAGGAGAGAUCAUUCGCCCUGGGGAUGCAAUUUGUUAUUUUUCGAUUAUUCGGUUAUAUUCCGGCUCCCAUACUCUUCGGUAAUUUGAUAGACUCGACUUGUCUUUUAUGGAAGAGCACCUGUGGGGAAAAGGGAGGUCGGUGCUUGUUGUACGACAUUGAGCAAUUCAGAUACCGAUAUGUGGGGCUUUGUGCUGGUAUGAAGAUCCUGGCGUUGGCCCUCUUCCUCCUCGACUGGUGGCUCAUCAGGAGACGGAGGCAGAUGGAGGACAUGCCCCCUGCCAUCACCGCCAAGGAACUCAUUGGCUCCAUUAUCAGCCUUGAUAAACUCUUCGAGGAGAAGCCUCAUCACCAAAAUAAUUCGGAUAAUGAUCCAGUUAUGUACAACUCUGUGAGCAAUACUCAAUCGUCAAUUUCAUCACCCACAGAUCCCACUAAAUCGACACAUCUCGAUGAAUCAGAAGCAGCACAGCUAACACAGGGUUCUGGUGACUCUACUACCCAUUCCAACUUGAUACCCCAUUUAUUGACAGACACUAAUAAUCCAUAUGUUUAAUGAUAAUUGUAAUUAUAGGAAGGAAAAUGCUAGGAGAAAUCUUUUAAUAGACGAAUUUAUGGCAAA